AUGGCCACCAAGGCAGCGCAGAAGCGGUUGACCCGCGAGUACAAGACCAUCUCCGAGAACCCGCCGCCGUACAUUGUCGCCCACCCGUCCGAGUCCAACCUCCUAGAAUGGCACUAUGUCAUUACUGGCCCUGAGGACACGCCGUACCACGGCGGUCAGUACUGGGGCACCCUGAUGUUCCCUCCAAAUUACCCGUUCGCGCCCCCGGCGAUCCGGAUGCAUACUCCAUCGGGCCGGUUUCAACCGUCUACGCGGCUGUGUCUCUCCAUCUCCGAUUUCCAUCCAAAGUCGUUUAACCCGGCGUGGGAAGUCUCAACCAUCCUUAUUGGCCUGCUCUCCUUCAUGACGAGCGAUGAGAUGACAACAGGCUCGGUCUCGACGACUGCGGCCGAGAAGAGAUACCUGGCCUCGCGAUCACGGUGGUGGAACUCAACCGGCGGCGGCUCGCACGCUAAGGGAACUCCAGCGCAGAAGGGCAAUGUCAAGGCGGGCGACGGCGGCGCCAAGUUUCGGACAGAGUGGGUGGACGUGGACGCGGAGAACUGGGAAUGGAUGAAGAAGAACAAGAUUGAUGCGGCAACAGGAAACCGCUUGGACGGCGACAACGGGUCCUCAUGCGGCCCGCAACUGAGCAUCGGAGGCACGAGCAGCAACCAAGCACAAGCCGUGGUGGAUGCCGUGGUGCAGCAGCGAGACGCGGGACGGGGCUGGCUGUAUCGGAACAAGCUUCUCGUGGUCGGCGGGCUGAUGUUCUUGUACGUGCUGGUUGCGCGUCUUGUCCGCGGCGACGGCUUAGCGUGA